GGGAAAAACAUGACGUUUCCAAAGCAGUUGAUGGAGACAAAUCAGACCAGAAUGCUGCCCGGAUGUACCUGGGAAAGUCAAACCGAGAACGUGCAGAUGCCUGUCGAAGCGGGUCGGCCUCUCCAAGACGACAUCAUCAGUGUCUACGAGGUCUUUGUAAAAGAUGAUGCGACUGACGUCGAAGCAACUUCCGGCAAACCAGAGGUAUCCGUCAUUUCCGCUUUGCCCUCUGGGACAUCACAGCGUCACCAAUUCAUUCAAGGUGAAUGUACGUUGGAUCUGGAUACGAUUGACAUUAUCAGUGCAGAUGGAGAUGCUGACGAAGACGACGAAGCUGUCAACAAUGAGAAUCGGAUACGUGAAAAGGACUCAGCUGCGUUUGAGACUCCACAAUCAGUGGUCGUAGCCUCGGAGGAAAAUAUGGUAGUAUACAGUCACCCUGUCCAACGAUCCUCUUCGAAUGCCCGGCUAAUUGAUAAAGAUGAUCCCCGAUCGAGGCUACAUUAUGUCAAAUAUCUGAAGCGUGAUGGCAAAACCUUGAAAAUCUGGGAGUGUGGAAUAUGUUCUAAAGAAUUUCGACAUCAAUAUACACUAAUGCGGCAUUUACCAACUCACACGGAUGAGCGAAAUUUUAAAUGCGACGCAUGUGGUAAAGCUUUUCGUCAGCUUUCGACUCUCAGCCAGCAUAAGGCAAUACACAGCGAUGCUCGCCCUUACAUUUGUGAAUUCUGCAAGAAAACCUUUAAUAGGGUUUCUACAUUAAUAUCACACCGCAAAACACAUUCUGAACAUAAACCGCAUAAAUGUCACCUCUGUGGGAAGGGAUUUCAUCAGAAAGGCAAUUUGCGCAAUCAUGUAUUUACACACACGAAUGAGCGUCCUUAUAAAUGUGAACUCUGCGGCAAGGGAUUUAAUCAGAUGUCGAAUCUCGUCUGUCACAAGGUCAAGGCUCACGCCCACAUCGAAAAAAUGCAGUAUACAUGCGGCAUCUGUGGUAAGGAGUUUCCCAGACGUUUUUCCCUACGAUCGCACGAGGAAUAUAAGCAUGGUAUUAAGUAUCGUCAGACCGCUAGUUUACAAAAUGCUGUUAAUGAGCCGAAAGGCUCGAAAAGUAAAAGUGUGCGGGUUAUUCAUGUUCCCGAAGAUGAGCAGCAAAACUCUUUUUCAGACCCACGAGAUAAGGAUAUAAACAUGACAGAAUUUAUGGAAAACAUAAUCAUUGAUAAAAUUGAGACCAAGGCGAUGAAAACAGCAUUGUUACAAGGACAAACGCCAUUUGCUUUAUUCAAGCCUGCAAAAGGUAUUCCUGUUUUAGUAAAAGUUACGUCAAGUGGAAGCUUAAAUCAUUUACUAACACCAGCUACAGCGGAUGAUUUAAAAAUGUCAGGAAAAAUGGACUCAAGUUCAGCUCAACUUUCAGAUGUAGAUGGAUCGAAAUCUGUACAAAUAAAAGUUCCUGUUGUAGCUACAGUCACUGAGAAGCUUGAAGCUGAUGGUAAAAUUAAUUUUUUGAUUGAACCACCUGGUCCUGAUCAAGAGCAAGACAGUUUACUAACAUCGAUGGACUCACUUUCGGAGAUUCUACCUUGUGAUGACGACAAUUAUACCCCGACCGAGCAUUUUCUGAAUACUCAACCAUCAGUAAGUACUCCUAAUUCAAGUCAUGCUGCCACCGAUGAAGAACUUCUUGAAUUGGCUGCUAUCGGGGGAAUUCAAUUUGUACGUGCAACAGAAGAUGGUCGAUAUGAGGUAAUGACGAACAGUGAAGCCCGAGAUUUAAUGGCCCAAAAUUCACAUGAUGUGAAGAUAUUAGGGGCUGAAGAGACAGAAGCAAUCAACAGUGUUAUAAAUGUCCAUGACGACCUUGACUAUUUACCUACAUCGAUAGAAGGAAAGAUACAUCAGCAUCAGCUGCCUGAAAUAAUAUUACCGAAUGCUAAUGAUAUUAUGGUGCUUGAUCCAAAUAAUGAUCAAAAAGCUUUAACACUUGGGGAUAUUGAAAUUUUAGAGGAUAAGGAAUUAAGGCAACUUUUAGAUACUAAGUAUAUAGGGGACAAAUAUGAACCAGAGACUGCUGGAAUCACUUACUUAUCUCCAGUCAAAAUUGAUGAAAUACUCAACACAAAACCGAUCAACCUAGAAGUGGCGUCAACUAUUAUGAAUGAAAAUAUAAAUAUGGUACCAAGUCGAAACGAAUUACCGAAUAUUCUUAACCAUCGGAGUGACUUACCAACAAUAACAGCUAUGUCCUUCUGUAGCCGAAAUCCACAGCUACAUCAACAUCAAUAUGAACACCACCACCACCAACAACAACAGCAACAACCACAGCAACAACAAUUGCAAUAUCAACCGUAUCCACUUCAGAUUUUGCAUGAACCAAUACCAUUUUUAAAAAAUAGUCAGAACUUUAAUGAUGAGCUCAAUGCUAUUUUUGGCGAAGAUUCGCCUCCCAUUAUUGAUUAUUCAACACUGCCCGAGUAUAAUCCACGUCUGAAGUUGUCUGAAUUCGAAGAUGAUCCAGAGUCUAUUUUCUUUAAUUUGGGUCAGUCAAGUGCCAAAGUAGUUGCACAGAAAAGUCAAAACUUGAAAAUUUUUAAUAAUGCAAUUGAAAAUCAGCAUAAUGAAAAAAUUGUUGAUCGAACUAUUGAAAAUGCUAUUAAAAUAAUUGAAGAUAAGACCUCAACAACAGAUUUAACUUCACAGUUCGAAGAUUUUAGACUUUUGAAUACAUAUGACCAUUUUUUUAAGAAUACGAUGUACGAUUCGCAUUUUUCAAGUCUUAAUACACUUGCAACUCCGCUUAGUACAUUUAUCCCUGACAUGGAUAAUAUGAAAAAAGAUAUGCAAUUAUUAGAAAAAACAUUAGAAUCGAAAUUUUUUACUUCAGAAGAUUUCGAAAAUAAAGCUAAUGAAAGACAGUUUAAGGUCCUCGAUCAAAUUUCUACCGAAGGAUCAUACAAUCAUAAUGGUAAUGCAAUUGCAAAUGUAUUAUCAAACGUUGAAAAUUUUUUCGAUAAGGAACAAGAAAAAAUGAAAAUGGAUAACGGAAAUUUCUUACAAGCCUGCAGUCCAUGUGGGCCAGCCGAUUUCCUUUACUUUGAAAAUCGUAUUUCUGAUAAAGAAUUAUCGAGUAGCCCAUCUCAUGUUUUGGAAAAGACCCAAAAGGAAAGUGAAUUUACUUCAGGUGGAUUACCAGACUUGGACUGUUAAGUGUUUGCACAAUAUUGCAUCAAUAUAUGUCUAAUAUUUUUGUGGUAAGAUGUUUUAAAGUGCAGUGUAUGCGAGCGAUUUUUCUAUUGAAAUACAGAUUUUUUGAAAUUGCAAACUCUGAAUUGAUAGAUCACAGCAUAGAUUUUUUACGCGUUUACAUCAAUGCAAGUAUAUUUUUUAUUUUUUCACAUGUUUUCAUUAGAAUAUGACAUAUCUAAUGAACGUCAUUGUGCAGUUACCUGAAUUUUGUUUUUUACUGUACACAAGAAAGCCUAUUUUUAACUACCUAAUUUAAACGGAAAGGAUCAACUUAAAGAAUUAUUAUGUAUCUGUGAACGGUAAUUUAA